AUGAUGCCGCUUGUGAAUUAUGAAAAUGUUGAUGACAGCAGCUGAACAACUACAAGCUGGAAACUGAUUACCGUCUUGCACCGGCUCUUACCAUUCAUGCGGAACAGGGCAAGUGCAAACCAGAACCGCUUGCAGCCUCCAAUCGAAUAAAAUCUACUUAGAGUCAAGGCAAAGGACAACCAAUCUCCCGCUCGUUUACCUUGACCAUGGUGCGUACACCGCCUGGUGCCGCUGCAAGUGCAACCGAGCAGCAACUGCAUUCGAUUUGCAGCUAAAGAAAGUGUAACCAGUGGGGCAAACUCAUGCAGGUUUGGUUUAAAAUCGUGUCAGUACUGAAAUGACCGUGGUUCGUUACGGAAAUACAAUCCGCGUCUGCCCUGUGAGGUGGAGUACGUUCUUUACGAGAAGUCUCAGCACUAACGGACAAUGGUUUUGGGUGAUAUGUGUAAUGGUUCUCCCGCUGGUGACGAGUACGCGUGUUACUACCGGUGGAUACGAGAGUGUUUUUGCGAUCGACGAAGAAGACGGAAUGUUGGAGACGUCUGAACUGAUCCACAAAUAUGGAUACCCAAUCGAACGACACGAAGUUAUCACCGACGACGGAUACGUGCUGGCGUUAACGAGAAUUCCUCCCAAGGAUAAACCAUCCAAUCUAUCGCUUCCGAAGCUUCUGGUGCACGGACUGUUUGCUAGUUCUGCCGAUUUUCUUAUCAUUGGACCUAACAAUAGUCUCGCUUAUCUGUUGGCUGAUCAGGGCCAUGAUGUAUGGAUGGCGGAUCUGCGCGGCAAUCGAUACUCUCGUCGACACACCACCCUGUCACCUGACUCGCGAGCGUUCUGGGACUACACCUGGCACGAGAUGGGCUACUACGAUCUGCCGGCCACGAUCGAUCACAUCCUGCACGUCACCGGUACAAGGCGCCUCCAUUACAUCGGCUAUUCGCAGGGAACGACUGUGUUCUUCGUGAUGGCCUCCAGUCGGCCAGAGUACAAUGAAAAAAUCAGUCGCAUGUACGCCCUAUCACCGGCUGUAUAUGUGGAGCACGUUCGAAGUCCCAUCUUUCGAUGGUUGGCAGAGAACGGUCCCGCUGUCAAGUGUUUUCUAGACACUAUGGGACUGUGGCAGGUGUUACCCCACAACAAGGCACAGUACGCACUGCAGAGAACAUUGUGUCCAGCAAGCAUAGCGCGGAAUAUUUGUGUUCAAAUGCUCGAGCUUUUGGUUGGGCCCAAUCCCAAUGGAACGGACACGCUGGCACAACACGUAGUUGCUGGACAUAAUCCUUCCGGAGCAUCAAGCAAACAGCUGCUACACUUCGCUCAGCUGAACCGCUGCGGUCGUUUUCAACAGUUUGACCAUGCGCGGAAGGAUCUAAAUCGCGCCGCCUAUGGAAGUGAACAUCCACCGAAAUACAAUUUGUCCGCUGUCACUACACCAAUUGUGAUAUUUUACGCCCUAAACGAUUGGAUGGUAGAUCCAGCUAAUGUUGUACGAUUAUCGAGUGGGCUACCGAAUCUCGUUUCCAUGACCGCUGUAGAGGAUCCCAACUUCAACCAUCUUGAUUUUAUUAUAGCGAAACGUGUUCGUGAGCUUGUGUAUGAUAAAAUUCUGCUCGACCUGAACUGAGAAGCAUAGACUGUUGAUCAAACGUGAAGUACAAGGUUUAUAUAUAACACAGUAAGUUUAAUAGGAGAUAAUAAAGCACUUGUAAGAUUUACAUGAUUUUAAUUUUGAAAACAUUCAUGUAAAAUCAGUAUUUUUUGUAUAAUUUUUAUGUUAGUGAAAUAGAUUCGUGUUUAGCGCCAAACUGCAGCCUCAGACAAUUGGCAGACGAUGGCGUCAUAUACUACUGGCUAGGUUAGAAACCACGUUGCAUAAUCUUACCGAGUAGAGUGACCUUGGUAUCAUGUACCUCUGCAACGAACACGGAGAUUGUAGUAUUCUCUUCUUUUAGAGACAUGGAAUACAUAGGCAUGUAAGAUUAUAUGAUCCGAAAAUUGAUGUCUUUUUAUAUGGUGAAAAUAUAUCAAGAAACGACAAUUUUCGAUACCUUGGUAUCCGGGUGGCCGAAGAGAAAUUGUGUGACAAAGAACUUCUUUUCGCCAUGUUUCCUUCCAAACCACAUUCCAACGUCGGGGAUCAAAGAAUAGGUCCAUCUCUCAUUCAUUGAGUUGCUCCAAACCUCCUGCCACUUACUCUUCGACUCCGACUUAACUGCUGCAUCAGCAAGAGGUUGUGUUCUCCUCAGGGGUGAUGUAGAGCAGCAUGAUUCGCGCAAUUACGCAUACCGCAACAUAUGAUAUGGCUGCUUGGUCAACCUUUGAUUGGCGUGAAUGUUGCCAUGGCAUUUGCGGUCUUCACAGCCUUCCCACAGACUUCCACAAGGUGCCUUUAAGUUCAGCCGAUCAUCGAUGAUGACUCCGAGAUAUUUUAGAUAUCUGGUAUACUCUAUGUAAUGCGAGCCUACCAAUAACGUAGCUUUCUGAACUUUCUUGUGGCUGCUGAUGGGUAUAAAAUUCGUUUUCGCGUGCUCAAUUUUCUAUUUCACUGCUCUCAUCCACCAAUCAAUCCUGCUGACUGUCCUCUUGGAGGUUCAGUUCAGUUACUGUCCCAGCAGUGCGAGAGUCAGCACACUGUCAUACAUGACGUUUCACAGAGUGGGUGCAAGAACUGAUCAAUGUGGGAUGCUUGCCAUAACCAAGGUUGUCACGACUUUUUCCUCCGUGUCGUAUUGGAACACAUGU